AUAAAACGAUCAAGUUGGGGGAAAGGGCUAAAAGCAAAAAACCCCUGAAGGCUAAACCCAAAGGGGAAAAAGGGUCGCCCACGAAAGGAUUUCAUGACACGCUUGGGGGUACCCAUAUUUACCCAAAUGGAUUGAUGGUGGAAGCAAGUCCCAAAGUGUGUUUCAAAUGUCUUAAUAUCACAAAAACUCUGAUCAGUAAACAGUAUUGCAAAACAUAUUUAUCGCAGAAUUUCGUUUUAAAACUUUGGAACCUGGAAAAUUACAGAAAAGACAUUGUUGACAUCAAACCAGCUAACAUGGAAGAGCUGACAGAGGUCAUCACAGCUGCAGAGUUCCACCCCAAGGAGUGCAGCAUGUUUGUAUACAGUAGUAGUAAGGGAAGCAUCAGACUCUGUGACAUGAGGGAAAGGGCCCUUUGUGAUAAACAUGCCAAAUUGUUUGAGGAGCCAGAAGAUCCAACAAACAGGAGCUUCUUCUCAGAGAUAAUAUCCAGUAUAUCAGACGUCAAAUUUAGCCACAAUGGUCGGUACAUGCUCACUAGGGACUACUUGUCAGUGAAAGUGUGGGACUUAAACAUGGAGACCAAACCUGUGGAGACCUACCAUGUCCACGAGUACCUUAGAAACAAAUUGUGUUCCCUGUACGAGAAUGACUGCAUAUUCGACAAGUUUGAGUGCUCUUGGAGUGGAGAUGACAAGCAUAUAAUGACAGGCUCAUAUAACAACUUCUUUAGAAUGUUUGAGAGGGACACCAAGAGAGACUCCACCUUGGAGGCCUGUCGAGAAAUAACCAAGCCACGAACUGUUUUAAAACCAAGAAAAGUUUCCACAGGAGGCAAAAGAAAGAAGGAUGAAAUUAGUGUUGAUUGUUUGGAUUUCAAUAAGAAGAUUCUUCAUACAGCCUGGCAUCCUUUGGAGAACAUCGUUGCAAUAGCUGCCACAAACAAUUUAUAUGUGUUCUCCAGUAAAGAUUAA